CUCUGGUGCACGCCUGCUGCACAAGUACACUGCUAGCACGGCACGCAGAACCGAAAGAAAGGGCGCAGAGCGUCUCAUGCCUCAGCAGACGAGACUUACAGAGGGAGGGUCUCUCGGCAUCUCCUUACUUUGUGUGAGAGGUCGUUUUCUCCUCAUCACUUCCAAAAUCCACCGCUUGGCCCUGAGGACAAAGGUGCAUUGGCACUGAGACCCUCUUUCUGAGAGGAAUUGCACCGGGUAGGGGGCAGAUAUUCGAUCCAGCGAUCUCCAUGGGGUCAUCCAACCCCCGGUCAGCGAUGGUGUGACAGCCCAUCUCUCCUGCUCUGCUCUUUCCGGGGUGUGGACCCACUGCGUGUUGCACUACAGACGAGGCGUGUGUCAGAGGCAGCUCCCUGACGAGGCCUCACUUUCCUGAAGCAUCCCGGCAGGGCCAGACACCCCACCGCGCGCCCCCCGUCACGGCUAAAGGGAUGACUCCCACACUCACCCUUCAGGUCUAAGAGGACAGACAGGACAUGUGUUGGACUUGGAUUCUGGGAGGCAGCUCUGGCAGCCGUGGAGUUCGUGGGUGUGCUGGAGGCUUCCUGCUCAUGUCCCUGUGUCUCCUGGUUGUCCAGGUGCGGGCAGACCAGACCUCCACCAAAGACAGACGCUAUUCAUGGAAAACAGGUCAGUGGGGCAGGUGUGUGGGAGAGGAAUGUGGGUCUGGAGGAGCUCAGAGCCGGACAGUACGGUGCGUUCACGCAGAGGGCUGGACCACUCACCACUCCAACUGUCGGCACACGGACAAGCCCGAGAGUCAGAGACCCUGCUUCAAAGUGUGCGAGUGGCACCAGGACCUGUUCGAGUGGGAGGUGUCAGAGUGGGGGGCGUGCGUGCUAGCCGUCCCGCCCACCAGCGAGGGGCAGCAACGAGCCACAGAGUGCGUCACCGCCCAGCACGGCCUCCAGAGGCGGCGGGCUCGCUGCGUGCGCGCAGCCAAUGGCACGAGCGUUACGGAGCGCAUCUGCGAGUUCUUCUCACUGCGUCCAGCCCUGGAGCAAGCCUGCCUGAUCCCCUGCCCCCUGGACUGUGUCGUCUCCGUCUUCUCGCCUUGGUCCGCCUGCAGCCGGACCUGCGGGGCUGGCCGCCAGCACCGCACACGACACGUGCUGGCCGCGCCCAUGUACGGCGGUGCCGACUGCCCGGGCCUGACCCAGACGCAGUCGUGCAGGCAGCUGCCGCCGUGCCCAUCGGGCGAGGGCGAGCACGGCUACAGCCUGAAGGUGGCGCCAUGGAGCGAGUGCAGGCGUCCCCAGCACAAGGACCUCCUGUGGCUGGGUGGGAGGACCACACUGGACUUUGGCGUUGGAGACACAAAGAGGAACACAGUAAAGAGACAUGACCAGAGCGCCCAGCACCAUCUCCAGCUCCACCUCCACCACUCACACCACCCACACCUACCCCCCUCCAAGGUGUGGGAGGUGGAGAUCGGCUACCGGACACGGCAGGUCCGCUGCAUGUCCAGUGAUGGGAAGAACGCCAUCCUGAGUCUUUGCACACAAGAUGACGGUCCCAGAACCUUCCAGUCCUGCGUGAUCCCGAAGCACUGCCAGACCUCUGAUUGGUCUGCUUGGAGUCCGUGCUCAAAGACCUGCCAGGCGUCUGAUUUGUCACCGGGUUACCGCAUGAGGACUCGAACAAUAACGCAGCCUGCCAUUGGUGGGGGAAACAAAUGUCCAGCCAGAGAAGAGAAAGAGGCUUGCAACAUUAUUGGGGAUUUGCUUCCAAAAUGUCCCAGGUAUGUGUGGAGGAGCACUGACUGGGGCGAGUGCCACGUGGCUCCUCUCCUCAGCCAGCAGGACCGAAGGCUCCGGAACACCAGCGGCCUGUGUGGGGGCGGGAUUCAGACCAGGGACACGUACUGUGUCCAGGUUUUGGCCAGUGCUGCAUCCCACCACAGUAGAGCUGUGUCCAGGCCUGUAAGUGCCCACCUGUGUGAUGGAGUCAUACCCUUGGCAGUGCGCUCCUGCUCUCUUCCUUGUCCACAGCCCUGUCUCCUCUCCUCCUGGUCCUCCUGGGGACCCUGUCUCCACGACAACUGCAUGGAGUCCCAAGAGAGGAAAGGUUACAGGCAACGCAGACGGCAGGUACUGGGAGAAGGUUCCGGAAACACAGAGAACUGUGGCCAUCUUCUAGAGUCUGUGCCCUGCGAGGCCCCCGCCUGUUUCCUAUGGCGCGUGCAGGCCGAGGGCGUGUGUAUGUCCCGCGACGGCACCUGUGGCCACGGCAGCAGAAAUCACACUGUGGCCUGUGUCAACUCUCGAGGUGAGCCUGUGGUGGAGGGGUUUUGUAAAGAUGACCCACCCCCUGUGCAGGUAGCCUGUGAAAUCGCAUGCCCUGGGGGCUGUGUGGUCAGCUCCUGGUCUGAUUGGUCCUCCUGUUCUCAUUCCUGCACCAAUAAGAAUGCAGAAGGCAGACAGAGCCGCAUGCGCUCGGUUUUGGCCUGGCCGGGUGAAGGAGGUAAGACAUGCCCCCCUGCCUCUGCUCUGGAGCACUGGAGACCUUGUAACGAUCAUCCAUGUGUUGUGCUCUACUGGGAAACGUCGGCGUGGGGGCCGUGCGUGGAAGGCUCGUCUGUAGCUGUGAACAGAAGCUCCCACUGGAAUGAAACAUCUCCGUGUGCAGAGGGGGUGCAAACACGCACCGUGACCUGUGUGAAGAUCAACACGGGACCAGUCGUUCCAAAAAGGUGUCCAGACUCUGCCAGACCAGACUCAGCCCGCCCAUGUGUGUUGGCCUGUAAGAGAGACUGCCUGGUAACCCAGUUCAGCGAGUGGACAGCCUGUCCCCAGUCCUGUGUGCCUGCCAACGUGACCAUGCCUACCCAGUCCCGCUAUCGGACCGUCGUCCAGCGACCGGCCAAUGGGGGUCAGGAGUGUCCGGACACGCUGUUCGAGGAGAGAGAGUGUGAAGCACUUCCUGUGUGUUCCAUCUACAGGUGGAGGACGCACAGGUGGCAUCCGUGCACGCUAGUGCCGGAUUCAGUCCGGCAGGGAAUGACGGGGGCGAGCCAGUCAUGUGGAAGAGGCCUGGAAACGAGAGCACUGAGCUGCAUGGAUGAGAAUGAGGAGCCAGCAGCCAUGUCGGAGUGUCUGCAGUGGGCAGGAAGGAUGCCAACGCAAGUGCGCACCUGCUGGGUGCCCUGUCGGGAUGACUGCACCUUCAGCACGUGGUCAAGGUUCACAGAGUGCACAGGCUGUGGGAGCAGCAGUCGCAAACGCAGCCUCACAGGCCGGAGCAGAAAGCGAGAGCACUGUCACAGGGAGGAUCAGUAUCCACUGGUGGACACGCAGCCAUGUCCAUGUGUGGAGUUCCUGUCGAAGCCAUGGGGGAGCUGGUCUCCCUGUAUUCUGCCGGAGGCGCCGGCCCAGGGACCCCUGCUAGGCUGGAGGGGGCAGAAAGAGGCUCUAGAGUGUGGUGGGGGCUUACGCUACCGCGCUGUAGCCUGCCUCGACCAAAGGGGGCGCCUCCUCGACCCAGCGGUCUGCAAUGGAACUGAGCUCCAGGUGGAGACCUGCCACGUGUCCUGCCCACUAGACUGCCGCCUCAGCUCCUGGUCGGCCUGGUCGGCCUGCAGCGCCUCCUGUGGCAACGGUCUGAAGGUGCGCUCCAAGUGGCUGCGUGAGAAACCGUUUAACGGAGGCCGGCCCUGCCCCAAGCUCGACCUGAAGAAUCAGGCUCAGGUGUAUGAAGCUGUUCCCUGUCUCAGUGAGUGUUGGCAAUAUGAGUGGGUAUCAGAGUCGUGGUCACUCUGUGCUGUCAACAGUGUGGACAAGCUGCCUGCCUGUGGUGAGGGCGUGCAGACUCGCAAGAUACGGUGUGUCAUGCAUGGUAGUGGAGAUCAGGGUAGGAGUGUUAAUGACUCACUCUGUGAUCCGGACGACAUCCCGGCCCAGGCGCAGACCUGCGUCCUGCCUUGUCCGGAUGACUGUGUGAUGUCACCCUGGAGCCCCUGGAGCCCGUGUCCCACGCCUUGUGACCCGAACACAGUCAGAACCCGGACCCGACGCAUGCUCCGCCCCCCUGCUGAUGGUGCCGGGUGUCCAGAGAGCAACCAGACCGAGCCUUGUGUCGCCAAUAGCAACUGCUUCACCUACAAAUACAACGUCUCUGACUGGAGUACCUGCAUGCUGAAUGAGAAGGCCGUGUGUGGCGAGGGCGUUAGAACCCGUCUGCUGGACUGCAUGCGAAGUGACGGCAGAGUGAUGGCCACCAGCAUGUGUGAGGAGCUGGGACUCCCUCAGCCGUGGAAGCUCAUGGACACCUGCCAGGUGGACUGUCCCGUCAGCUGCAUCCUCUCCGAGUGGUCCGUGUGGACUGAGUGCUCACACGCCUGUGGCAAUCAAGGUGUGAUGCUACGCACACGCCGUGUGCUCCACGAGGCUCACGAGGAGGGACGGCCGUGUGCUUUCCAGCUCUCACAGACGAAGCCUUGCCCCAUCCGGCCCUGCUACAGCUGGCUGCUGGGAGCCUGGUCCCCGUGCCGCGUGGAGGGUGCUGAAUGUGGUGAGGGGGUGAGAGAGAGGAACCUGUCAUGCAUUGUGCACUGGGGCCACUGGCCCGAGUCACCAGGCCCGAGGCCAGAUGCCCCCGGCCCGCCCCUCACAGUGGAGGAGGAGCGAUGUGGUGAGCGGCUCCAGAGAGAGAGUGAGCAGGAGCUACAACAGCUGUGCUUCCUUCCCUGCCCAGGCGACUGUCACCUGACCGAGUGGUCGUCAUGGAGCUCGUGUCAGCUGACGUGUCUGGAGGGGCGGAGCUUUGAGGCUGAGGGACAUCAGGCUCGGUCUCAGGCGGUCAUCAUCCAGACAGUGGAGAACCAGGAGAGCUGCCCACAGCAGGUGUUUGAAACACGGCCCUGUAAAGGAGGGAAGUGUCACAGCUAUGAGUGGCGGACCAGCACAUGGAACAACAAUGAGAGGAGCGUGUGGUGUCAGCGCUCAGACGGGGUCAACGUCACAGGAGGAUGCUUCGAGAUCAACAGGCCUGCAGGCGUGCGGCACUGCCAUCCGCCCUGCACCAAACCCUUCUCCCAGUGCAAGCAGAGCGGUGUGUGUGGCUGUGAGAGGGGAUACACAGAGGUGAUGACCACGCACGGCUUCCUGGACUACUGCACCAAGACCCCCGGUGGCGAUCACAGGAAGGCGGAUGUGAAGACCAGCACAGGGAGGCAGAAGCCAGGCCCCUCGCAGAUCCAGGACUUCUUUGGCGAGUGGUCCCUGCAGGCCCUUAGCCCAGAUGGGAGGAUAAAGAUGUGGGUGUAUGGGGCCACAGCUGGAGGCUUCCUCCUCAUCCUCUUCAUCAUCGCCAUGUCCUUCCUGUUGUGGUGCUGUUCCUGUCUGCCCCAGGCCCACUGUUUGGUGCCUCUGUACAGUAAUGGCGCGGUUAAAGAGAAUGACACUAAGGAAGAGGUGUCUGCAUGAGUCUGAUUGGAUCUGACGUACUGAGUGGAUCUGACAGCACAUGGACCAUUCGGCUUAGCACAGAGCACAGUCUGGAAGUCUCUGUAGGGCUUGGCGUAUGUGUUUGAUUGGGGUUUUUAAUGGAAGGGGAGCUGUCCACAAACACCUGGACUACCUCAUUUCAAUUAAUGAGGUUUAACUGACUCAUUUCCCAUCUGUCCAUAUUUUAAAAUGGUUCUCAAAUCCCUUUGCCCAGUAUAGUAACACUUGCCUUUUGGGCCAUGUUUUCAGCCCUAAUGUUCACACUUUUUAUUACACUGAUGUACCAGUUAUGUUUGUCUAUACUCCCUGCAACCUAGGAGACAGUUCUCUCAUAAACCCUAACAGCCAGCAUGUUUGUGUCCAUGUGUUACGCAGCUGUAGAUCAGGAGUGCAAAGCAGAAGAUAGUUCUAGCAUUUUAAUUUGCUCAUGACUGAUUGUUCCGAACAGACAGCUGAAAUGCUCCCGUCCCCUGAGCGUCGCAUGUGCUCUAGAUGUGCCCCAUGCUUCCUUAAACAUUUACAUCCUGUGUUUAUUAAAUAUAGAAAAAUACAACGCCCUACUCCAGAAAAAAUGACCAAACGCAUGGCCAGUAGAGGGCAGUCUUGCUUCACGAACUCUUUGCCUCCAAGAAGCAUCGGUAUGGCCAUGUUUAUGUACACACACACACACCUCUAUGGCACAGCAUUAUCGCUUGUCCUUCAUGGUGUAUAUAUUUGUUUCAGUCAUGUUGGUGGAGUAUUCGAUACAGGUGAGUACAUCACAGAGGUGGUAGGUGUUGAACUGGACUUGAAAAUAACGCAGACCAAAUGAGCACAGAGCUCCUCCCUGAAUCCCACCUGAGGCAGCUCAUGGAUAUCCAUCCAUGAAUCCUCUCAGUUCAGUAGGACUUCAGAGACUAAGCACAUAGCUGGAAAUCCCGGUAUAUUAGUUUUUGAUGAUUCCCGCUACCAUUCUUUGUUUACUUUGUCUACUCUGACCAGACAUGUGACACAUCACAUGAUCGAGGCACUGAUAUAGCCUCAAGCAAGCAAGAUGUGAAAACAUUUAAAUACAACCUUCAUCUGAAUAAAGUCUUUUAGUUUAACUGCUGUUACAGUUAGUUCAGACUUUGGGCCCAUUUGUGAAUUAAUUCACCGCUAAAAGUACCUCAGACAUUGUACAGCCUUUGAUCGAUGUAAAGACAUUUGUUUUGGGGUUUGUUUUUAAACCACAGCACAAACCUUGGGGAAAUGGCAGUAUCUUUAUUGGGACCCAGUUGUAGGUGUGCAUGCUUGAUUCAUUUUGGUCAAAAAAUAUCUUGGAUUAUUCCUAAAGUGGCCUUGCCGUUUUUAUCCUUCAACUGAUCCUUCAGUGUUUUAAUGGACGUUUGAACGUCACACUGAAUAAAACUGUUUUUGUGGCCUCUUCUGUAGAGUUUAGAUUAUCUGCAAAAUAUACAGUCACCUGGAAAACACUGGAUUUUUCUGUUUACAUUGUAGUUUCUGUUCUAUGUGUACUUGAUGAGUGGAACAAAAGUAUUAAUAAAUUGUGAUACUCUGUGAGUUAAAGCUGG